CGGAGGGACGCGCGGAGAUGACGCAGGCAGCACCGGAAGCCGCUCCCCUGUGAGGUUGCAGACCCCGAGCGGCGGCCGCUGGUCCAGGCGCCAUGGCUGCGGAGCGGACCCGGCCGCUGCGAGGCUCUGGCGGCCCGAGCGCGCCUAGUCGGUGUGAGCCCGGCGCGAGGUCCCGGGCCCCGGGGCGCUCGCUCAGGUCAGUGCUGCGCGGAACACGACUCUGGGAGCAGGGAACCUGGGAGCGACGAACGGGCUGAAGGGAUCUGGAGUUGAUUUUAGAGAUGGGAACAUUGAGUCUCGGAGUUACUGCCUCUUAGUUCUCAGCUUCCUUAGCUGCGAAAUGAGUUAACAAUGAUGUCCCAGGGCUGCCAUGACUUUGAAAGAUGAUGAAGUGUGGAGAGGUGGUUUUGAAGUACAAAGCGCUGUAUUAAUGUGAGGGACUGCGCCGUAGUUGUGGGUAUGCCAUGGAAACAGGUGUGUAUGUGGCGGGGGGCGGGGGGGACGACGCUUGAACUACAGAUAGCCAUAUUAAUGCUCAAUAAUAAUGGUAACUGACGUUUCUCGGAGGCUUACAGCGUGUAGGGUACUGUGCUAAACGCUUUACGUGCAUUAUCCGAUUUAAGCCUCACAAACACCCUUGCAGGGAAUGCUGUUCCGAGGUUGCAUUUUACAAGUCAAAGACUGGACUUGAGAUUGGUGAAGUGAUUUCCCCAGUGUCACUCAGCAACAAGUGGAGUUGCAGAGCCUGGAUUUUAUAAACACUGUAUUCUUUCCGAGCUGUUUGUAUUCAUCUCAAAACCAAAGGCGAGAUGAAUAAAUAAGUUGUAAUAUUAAGUUGUCAUAAUAAGUUGUAAGAUUUUAAAUAAGUUGUAUAUUCACAUGGUUUUAAAUUCAAGAAAGGGCUCCUCACACCUGUUCCUCAGCUCUCCAGGUUUCUCUGGAGGCAACCAGUGUUACCAGCUUCUUGAAUAUUCCAAAGAUACCUUGGGUGUGUGUACGUUUAUAAAUCCAGAUACACGUUUUCAAAACCUCUGUACUGUAACAGCUGAUUAUGCUUGAUGAGAAGCCAGGGAAGAUGAAGCCUCGGGCUUCCGAACAACAAAUGUCUUGUUUUCACUCUUAACUAGGCCAGGUCCUGGUGGAGGAGAGGAAAACGUACAUGUGAUGUUUUAUCCAGAACAUCUAUCUCUAGUAAGACCUAGCAGUAUAUAGGUUUUGUUUUGUUUGCGACGGUGGGGAACUAGGUAAGAUGUUAAAUUGCUUAACUUCCUAUGGGACCCUGGGAAAGUCACUCCACCUCUUGGGUCAUAAAUCUCAUUUAUUAGUUAAGGGCAAUAGUACUGAUACUUUCCUUGAUGUUCUGAUAAUCAAAUGAAGUAACGUCUAUGAGUAGUACUUGAAUCUUUUAAACCAAUACAAAUAUGAGAGUUGCCAGAGGGAACAUAGGGAAUUAAUGGUAGAACCAGAGACCAAACCCAGGCCUCCUGGCUUCCAAUUUAGCAGUCUUCAUCAUACCCAUUUCGGAGCUUUGUGAUUGUUAAUAUUGAGGGCAGAAGGACAAGUUUAAUGUUUCAUCUCAAGUCGGGGGGAGGGGAAGGCAAGACAGCAUGGAGUGUGGGUACAGACAAAAAUGCACCUAGCAGGAAAUUCUGGCCUCAACUCAAUAACUGCCCUUAAUUAUAAAAUUAAACCCCAGUAAGUUUGAGUCCGUGAAUUUUUCUUCCAUGUAUUUUAAGCCAAUUUAAGGGAAAGUUUAUGGUAAGGAUCAUAGGGUUGAAAGGGUUGUUAGUAGUCCUGUCUAUUCCAGCCUUAGGGCUGCUGAAAGCUUUCCUGGCCAGUAUUCAUAAUAAUAAAACUAACAAAAGUACCACCCCUGCUCAAUUUCUGAGUUUCCCAGCCCUCAAAGUGAGGGAUAGCUUCCAUUUUACAGAUAGAACUGAAGUUUGGAAGUUGGUCAGAGAUGCCCAUGAUCACAUAGGAAGUGGGUAAAUCACUGAAAGACUUGACUGACUCCAAAGCAUUUUCAUAUAUACCUCAUUCUGCCUCUGUUUCUAACUGUCCUUGACUUUCCCAGUAAUGGGAAUCUCACCAUUCUGGAGGCAGCCCCUACAUUGUUGGAAAUCUCCUGAUGAUUUAGAAGUUCCUCCUAAUGGGGAGCCUGAGUGGCUCAGUCAGUUAAGUGUCCAACUCCUGAUCUCAAGCACAGGUCUUUUUUCUUUUAAUUUUUAUUUAUUAUUGAAAGAUAGAGUCAGAGCGUGAGUAGGGGAGGGGCAGAGGGAGAGGGAGACACAGAAUCUGAAGCAGGCUCCAGGCUCUGAACUGUCAGCACAGAGCCUGAUGCGGGGCUCGAACUCACAAACCGCGAGAUCAUGACCUAAGUCGAAGUCGGACGCUUAAACGACUGAGCCACCCAGGCGCCCCACUCAAGCACAGGUCUUAAUCUCAGGGUUGUGUGUUCAAGCCUCUCAUUAGGCUGUGCGCUGGGCGUGAAGCCUACUUAAAAAAAAUAAAAGCUCCUCCAUGUGUUGAAUUGAAAUCCUGCUUCCUGAAGUUUUCCCCUGGGGGCCUUGUGCGGCCAGUACAUGAUAUUCCUACAGGCUCUCUAAAAGAGUUCAUUUUAGACCUGUGACCUUAAGAAAGUUAACCUCCAAAGUCUUUUUUUUUUUUUUUUUAGAAAAGUAAAUACUGGUGUUUUCUAAUAGUGCAGAGUUGAGGAAAAAAUUCUUAUUAUGGGUUAAGAGAAUAUAUGAAUCUCAGAAAUGGCUGGGUUUUUUAAAGACUCUCACUGAAAAGUUUGUCCCAUAAUUUUCUAUGGUGUCAUGACUACAUUAAUUUGGCACGCUGUAAGAUGUGUCUUAGUUUUUGUUAAUGGUGCGAACCUACCUGAUAAUGUUUUCAUGGGUAUUAUCAAUUUGCCUUGUGGUCAUUUAAAUAAUAAUUCAGCUUACUUAUGUGUAAACAUUUCUAUGAUGGAUGUGUGGAUAUUCAUGUGUGUGUAGGUGUAGGUGUAACAGAGGAAGAAGCCCCCCAUGCUUUUUCACUGUAGAAAAGGAUUCCUGGGCAGAUGUUUUGGUGUAUGUUUUUAAUUCGCCAGUAUUAAUUAAUUAGCUAUGGUGACAUUUUGUGGGUGUCCAAAGAAAAGAGUUGUUUUGCCUUGCUAUGAGUGAUUUUUUCCAAGUAAAAAAUUUCUGGAAAUGUUGAAGAUAGAAGGUUGUUUGGAUUCAGGAGGAGGUAGUGUGUUAACUUCUGUUGUUGAUUAAACUUUUGGUGAACCGAUUAUUUUUUGGCUGCCAGGUAAAUCCUUAAACUAAUAAAUCCUGCCUAGCCCAAACCCUGAGGAUUCCAGAAUAUUAUUUUGUUUUUAAAGUGCAUUCACUGUUCCAAAAACCAAAAUUAUUGGAUAGUAGAUGAUGUGAUUGGAAAGUUUGGUUGCAUUUACUGUUUUUUGUCUGAUAACAUUCUGGCCAAAUUUGAUAUUGGGAAAUUAAUGAAAAGGACUUUUACUGACCUUACGUGAACAAAGUUGGAAGGUGAGAUCUGGCUUUUGAUGUAGACCUCAUCUAGGUGACAUUUAUGGGAAAAAUUUUAUUUUCCUCUUUGACAUUAAUUUAGAUACUAAUGUUUUUAAUCUAUGUGUCAGGAUUCCUUUUUUUUUCUAAAUAUAAUUUUAUUUUAAAUUCCAGUAUAGUUAACAUACAGUGUUAUAUUAGUUUCACAUGUACAAUAUCAUGAUUCCACAGUUCCGUCACCCAGUGCUUAUCACAAGUGCACUCCUUAAUCCCCAUCACCUAUUUCACCCACCUCCCCUCUGGUAAAUAGGUUUAGUUUGUUUGGUUUGUUUGGUUUGUUUUCUCGUCUCGUCUCGUCUCUCGUCUCGUCUCGCCUUGCCUCGCCUUUCUGUUUUAAUUUUAUUUUUUUUAAUUUACAUCCAAAUUAGUUAGCAUAUAGUGCAACAAUGAUUUCAGGACUAGAUUCCUUAAUGCCCCUUACCCAUUUAGCCCAUCCCCCCUCCCACAACCCCUCCAGUAACCCUCUGAUUGUUCUCCAUAUUUAAGAGUCUCUUAAUUUUGUCCCCCUCUGUGUUUUUAUAUUAGUUUUGUUUCCCUUCCCUUAUGUUCAUCUGUUUUGUCUCUUAAAGUCCUCAUAUGAGUGAAGUCGUAUGAUAUUUGUCUUUCUCUAAUUUCGCUUAGCAUAAUAUCCUCCAGUUCCAUCCAUGUAGUUGCAAAUGGCAAGAUUUCAUUCUUUUUGAUUGCCGAGUAAUGCUCCAUUGUAUAUAUGCCACAUCUUUAUCCAUUCAUCCAUCGAUGCACAUUUGGGCGUUUUCCAUACUUUGGCUAUUGUUGAUAGUGCUGCUAUAAACAUGGGGGUGCAUGUGUGCCUUUGAAACUGCACACCUGUAUCCCUUGGAUAAAUACCUAGUAGUGCAAUUGCUGGGUUGUAGGGUAGUUCUAUUUUUAGUUUUUUGAGGAACCUCCAUAUUGUUUUCCAGAGUGGCUGCACCAGCUUGCAUUCCCACCAACAAUGCAAAAGAGAUCUCUUUCUCUGCAUCCUCGGCAACAUCUGUUGUUGCCUGAGUUGUUCAUGUUAGCCAUUCUGACAGGUGUAAGGUGGUAUCUCAUUUGAUUUGUAUUUCCCUGAUGAUGAGUGAUGUGGAGCAUUUUUUCAUGUGUCGGUUGGCCAUCUGGAUGUCUUCUUUGGAGAAGUAUCUAUUCAUGUCUCAUGCCCAUUUCUUCACUGGAUUAUUUGUUUUCUGGGUGUUGAGUUUGAUAAGUUCUUUCUAGAUUUUGGAUACUAACCCUUUAUCUGAUGUGUCGUUUGCAAAUAUCUUCUCCCAUUCUGUCGGUUGCUUUUAGUUUUGCUGACUGUUUCCUUUGCUGUGCAGAAGCUUUUUAUUCUGAUGAGGUCCCAGUAGUUCAUUUUUGCUUUUGUUUCCCUUGCCUCUGGAGAUGUGUUGAGAUUUGGGUGUUAAUUUUUAAAAUUAGUAUGGCAAUCUGGUAGGAAACUAAGUGAUAUUAGAAGGAAAGCUUUGUUUUUAAAUUAUGGAAUGUUUAAACAUAUGGUAGUAAAGAGAAUAAAAACCUCCGUGUAUCCAUCAUCCAGCACUAACAUCUAUCAACAUGUAGCUAAGCUUGGGAAAGAUGAUUUUUGCUGAUUUGCUGUAUUUUUUGUUUUUUCAUUAGUUUACUCCCUGUUCUUAAAAGCGGGUUGAUACCUUGAUGCAAUGUGUAAUGCUAUAUACUUGUAACGUUUCUUUUUGCUCCAGUUAGUCCUGGAGCAAUGUGUCGUUCUUUUAAAGGAGAAGGUGGUAUAAUCAGAUAGGUACCAGAUUUUAUAACCAGGUUGUGAUUCUCCUGGUUGUAGCUGUAGUCAGAGAGAGAGACAGUUCGGUCUGUGUGGUUGGAAGAGUACUGAUGGAGGGAGCACUGACUUCCAGUCUGUUCUGAUGCUGUUUUAAUAGCUCUAUUGACUGUAGGUAGGCAAAUCACUUACCUUCUCUGACUUGUAACUUCCUCCUCCUCAAAGUAGAGAUGAUGCUACCUGGGGUUUUUUUGUUUUGUUUUGUUUUUUUUGUUUUGUUUUGUUUUGUUUUUUUCUUGGUGUUUUGGAAGCAUCAGGAUUACUUAUUUGUGCAAGCUUCCUUGACCCUCUUUGCUCUCUGGGGGCACAUGAUUAAGAGUUGUCACCAGCUCAUAUGAGGCUUAUAAAAACUAUGUAAGGCUACAUAAGGCCUUUGGUAAUUUUUUGUUCUAACAGGCAGUGCCAUAAAGGAAGUAGAAAAACCAAAAUACCUGAGCCACAUGAUUUAUUACAUCUGCCUGUUUUUCUUCCCCAGACCUUUUUUGCCUGAAUAUUUAUUGAAAACCCAGUAGUCAGUUCUGUGAUUUUGGUAACAGAUCAAGCUGUGCCUACAUGAUAACUAAUGUCUCCAGUUACUGCUCAGGAGACUUGCCUUCUGGUUGUCACAUGCUGGUGCUUAUAUUUGUGACUUAAGUACCCAAGUAGAGCGUAUUAAGGAAAUAGUGUUACGAUGGUUUUGAUCGUGUUGGGGGGAGGGGAGAGAAGUGUAUAGAAUAAACUAUUUUAUAAUGAGUGAUACUAUAAAUCUUUUACUGUGAAGGUGCAUGUAGCAUGUGCUAGACUUCAAAAGGAGCAAGUCACAUACACCAGCAUAAGUCUCACUGAUUUAUGUUUCAGAGAUCAUGAUUCAUUAAAGUAUGUUUUCUUAGAUGUAUUAUCUUUUGUGUGCAUGGAAGAUUUUCGAAUACAAUAUAUUAACUGUAAAGUUGUAAUGUAAUAACUAAACAUAAAGUUGUAAUGCCAAGUUUUUUACACUAAUUUUCAUUUGUUAGCAGUCUUGCUUGAAUGGUCUUUUUGAGCAGAACUAAUACAAUAUUUUGAUGUGCCACAGGUAAAUUUUUCCAUAACCUUAUGGAGAGAAAGGACUUUGAGACAUGGCUUGAUAACAUUUCUGUUACAUUUCUUUCUCUGACGGACUUGCAGAAAAAUGAAACUCUGGAUCACCUGAUUAGUCUGAGUGGGGCAGUCCAGCUCAGGCAUCUCUCCAAUAACCUGGAGACUCUCCUCAAGCGGGACUUCCUCAAACUCCUUCCCCUGGAGCUCAGUUUUUAUUUGUUAAAAUGGCUCGAUCCUCAGACUUUACUCACAUGCUGCCUCGUCUCUAAACAGUGGAAUAAGGUGAUAAGUGCCUGUACAGAGGUGUGGCAGACUGCGUGUAAAAAUUUGGGCUGGCAGAUAGAUGAUUCUGUUCAGGACGCUUUGCACUGGAAGAAGGUUUAUUUGAAGGCUAUUUUGAGAAUGAAGCAACUGGAGGACCAUGAAGCCUUUGAGACCUCAUCGUUAAUUGGACACAGUGCCAGAGUGUAUGCACUUUACUACAAGGAUGGACUUCUCUGUACAGGGUCAGAUGACUUGUCUGCAAAACUGUGGGAUGUGAGCACAGGACAGUGCGUUUAUGGCAUCCAGACCCACACUUGUGCAGCAGUGAAAUUUGAUGAGCAGAAGCUUGUGACAGGCUCCUUUGACAACACUGUGGCCUGCUGGGAAUGGAGUUCUGGAGCCAGGACCCAGCACUUCCGGGGGCACACAGGGGCGGUGUUUAGCGUUGACUACAAUGAUGAACUGGAUAUCUUGGUGAGUGGCUCUGCAGACUUCACUGUGAAAGUAUGGGCUUUAUCUGCUGGGACGUGCCUGAACACACUCACCGGGCACACGGAAUGGGUCACCAAGGUGGUUUUGCAGAAGUGUAAAGUCAAGUCUCUUUUGCACAGCCCUGGAGACUACAUACUCUUAAGUGCGGACAAAUAUGAGAUCAAGAUUUGGCCGAUUGGGAGAGAAAUUAACUGCAAGUGCUUGAAGACAUUGUCUGUCUCUGAGGAUAGGAGUAUCUGCCUGCAGCCAAGACUUCAUUUUGAUGGCAAAUACAUUGUCUGUAGUUCCGCGCUGGGUCUCUACCAGUGGGACUUUGCCAGUUAUGAUAUUCUCAGGGUCAUCAAGACUCCUGAGAUAGCAAACUUGGCCUUGCUUGGCUUUGGAGAUAUCUUUGCCCUGCUGUUUGACAACCGCUACCUGUAUAUCAUGGACUUGCGGACAGAGAGCCUGAUUAGCCGCUGGCCUCUGCCAGAGUACAGGAAAUCAAAGAGAGGCUCAAGCUUCCUGGCGGGCGAAGCAUCCUGGCUCAAUGGACUGGAUGGGCACAAUGACACGGGCUUGGUCUUUGCCACCAGCAUGCCUGACCACAGUAUUCACCUGGUGUUGUGGAAGGAGCACGGCUGACGCCACAAGCUUACCACCGCUGACUUGACUUUGGGUGCCGGGGCUGCGGGUUUUCAGUGCAACCUCUGUGGCAGCCGACUGCAUGAACCAAAGUUCUCACCUAAUGGUAUCAUCGCGCAGUGCACAAUCAUUUAUCCAUGUUUGCCAGGGGGCCAGGGCUCGGGGCGGGGGAGGGCUUGUUUUAUUGACAUACAGCACAGCAUGCUAGUGGGGGUACGCCAUUGACUUCAUUUGUACUUAGUUAUGUUGGUCAAUAGAAGAGGAUGCAUUUUGGGUUUCAUCUUUCUUGAAUAUUGGUUUUAAGUAAAGAAAGUUAAAUGGCUCAUUAAUCUGCUAAUUGGUUGCCUAUAAAAACACAUUCAGUCUGUUAUUAAAGCUUUUUACCAUCGCCUUUUUUUCUUUUGAAGUUGAAGCAAAGGUGCUAUGAUGUUGUUCCAGCAACUUCUCUCACGUGGGGCUUAGCUUUUAUAAUAGCCAGUGUUACAAAGACCACUGAGUCCUGUGACAUUCAUAAACUCUCCACCACAUACCAGUUCUAAAGAAGGUCUGUCUUCCAGGGCGUAUCAAGUUCUAUAAAUUGUUCACAACACAUUCUAAACCCUAGUACUUGGCAGAGUCAGGGUUGGCCAGGUCUGAGAUGUAAGGGAGUUCUGUGGUUUUCGUUUCCAUGUGGAGCAAGCUGGCCAUCGGUCCCCUGCCGCCUGGGUGAGUGCACACAGGUGACUGGUACAGUAGAAAGGGCGCUGAGCUGGAAGGUCGAAGACUGGCCCUGUUACCUAGGAACCCUGUGACCUCACUAUAUCACUUCCCUGGGCCCCAUUUUCCCUGUCUGUAUAGCCAGGUGUUAAGCUAAGUGAUUUCUGAGGUUUUGGUCCUGCAUCUACUGAAGUGUGGGCAAAAGUUGGUAUUUCAGUUUUGUCUGAUUCAUGGUUUCUUUUGGGUUGAAGAUAAUAGUUAAAUGAAAUCAUUGGUACGGAGUUAUUAUCUAUAAGGGAGUCAGAUGGACCCAGGGGAAAUGUAGAAAAUAUAACAGAUUCCCUAGAAUGUUAGCAUUUGGAUGUUAGCAGAUUGGAUGUUAGCAAGAUGUUAGCAACUGGAUGAAAUGCUGAGGAGAAUCUUGGUUCUUUAAAAAGACAGUGGGCUGUCUUCGAAGGAAAGGUACCUGAACCUACCUUGUUCUUCCUCCUUUGCCUCUAACUUGACACGUGGCUUCAGGCUGGUUAACUUUUUAUCUCUGGGCCUAGAUUAGGGUUUAUAAACUCAGAUGCCCAGGGCAGCCAUGCAGAUAACAUAAAUGGCUGAAAGGCGUUAGGGUUGUGCUGAAUCACGGAAAGCGUAUUUAAUGGGGCAGUUACUCAGCUCUCAGUGGUGGUGGGUCUUCACGAUUUCUUUAAGAGGGAGUAGAAAUCCAGAUCUUUAUUUGAAACCUCCUGAUUUUUGAAAUGUUGACAACUAAUUGUUGAUAGUGUAAAAUACAAUGAGCUAAACCAAGCAUGUCUAUGGGCUACCAGUUUGCAUCCUCUACCCUGUCAUUCCUGUAAAGUUCGGUAAUUCUGUGAUCCGCAACGGGAGUGUUUUGACAUCAUCGUCACAACAUUAGGGACAAAGUAGAGGGAGUGAGCUGUAGGACAAUUCAGCUGUUUCCCAUUGUGUUACAGGAAAGUGAGGGGGCGCGUUUCAUCCGCGGGCCAACAGGAAAGUAGUUUGAAGGUGAACAUACGAACUGGAACCCCAUUUGCAGCCUCCACCUGGGAAUAUGUUAUUUGUUCUUGCUGACGCGAAUAUGAAAGCCUGUCCGUUUUACAGGUGGGAGAAAGGCUCCCGGCAGAGCUGAGAAUGAUGCCAGCCCUGGUGGGGACCCAGCCCUCCCACAUUCCGCAGUAGCACAGAGCCCGACGGUGACCUCUGAAGGCCUUCGUAAAGUUAAUAUUCUAGAGAAUUCGUGUUUGGCUUCAAGGACAGGUUUAGUUAAUAUUCUUGUUGAGACUGUAAGGGGAUGAGGUAAAAGGGUAAUGUGUUCUCCAUCCCCAAAGGCCAUGGGUUCUGUGCGUGGGCUCCGCUCCGUCUUCCAAGAACCGGAACCAGAAUUGCGGCCGGAACCGAUUUCACAGGGGCCUCAGGAGACUUUGGGCGGUGAUGAGGGCAAAUGACUUUUUCCUCUUCCUCCAACCUGAACAAAUAACUGAGAUUGCAGAUCUGAUGGCCAUCCCUACGCCCACCUCACUCCCAGAUAUAUCCAGCAGGAAUUAUAGUCAUUUGUGGGAAUUUUUUUUUUUUUUUAAUGACCAACCUGGCACUUUUACGGCACGUCCCAUUUCAGUUUUCAGUGGACACCGAAGUUCCCAUCAGGUAGCGUGGCGCAGCUGGUUGGGACAGCAGUACUUGAGGCAGUGGUUGGAGUCCUCACUUAGAUUCCUCCUCACCAAAGGCCUUCGUUCCACCUGAGCGGGUUAUUUCAGUGCUUUAUAGAUGCCGGAUUUAGCCAUACAAUGGCCGGCUUUUGUGAAAAUGAAGAGCUAACGUGUCCUUUGAAAGAAUAAAGCAAACUGGAGCAUCAGAGGGUGGGGAGGAGGUAGCUAAAGCUGUAGUUUCUUAGUCCCCUUUCAUUGCCUUACAAGGUUGUCUUCCCCGCGCCCUGACUUGUGCUCCCUUAGCUCGGAGGGGAGGCAGCUGCCUUUUCCUCUUUUGUGAACAUGCUCGUUUCUGAAAAAUUCGCAAGUCCUGAGCACAUAGACUCCAUCCUUUCUUGAUGAGCGUUGGAUUUCUUGAGUGAAGAUGUGUGGUGGGAGGGAGGGGCUCCUCACCUCUCAGCUCCAUAAGGGUGGGGCUGGGGGUCCAGGAGAGCUGAGGGAGUGGGAAGUUCUAACAUUCCAAAGCAAAGUCAUUUCCUCCAGCCCCGUUGUUUGCAGUAAGAAGUCAAAUUCGGCAAAACUGAUACCAGGCUGACCUUCAGACCUGUCAGAGGAAUAGGAAGGAAGCCUUCUUUUCAGGGGUGGGUCUAGACUUUGAAAAGUUCCAUGGGAAGGUGCACACGUUUGGAUAGCUUUUUGUAAGUGGAAGGUAGGGAAUAAAUACUGUUACUAAAUUUUUGAUCGCACCUCAUUUUUCACAGUUAAAAAAGACUCUUGUGGCCAUUGCAGACAUCGGCGAAGUGUGGAUGAGGGUGAUGUAAUCAUUCCAGUGUUUGCGCUCGGGAGAGUGGUCACUGCUCUGCAUUUGUAAAACCCCUUCAGGAGAAAAGAAAUAUUUUUGUAAACGGUAUCAUUUUAGACCAGAAGUGGCUUGUUCGGUUCGGCAUUUCGACCUAACAGAAAUGGCAAAGGAUGGAGGUGCAGCCGGGUUUUCCGCCGCUGCUCUGGCCAAACGCGGCCAGCUCCUUGAAGCGGGGACAGUGCACCCUAGCUUCUUGGGGGCCUGGAGGUGAAGCUUCCACCGCCACUCACUCUACCAGUCUCGGGGCCUCCGCUUGGCCUCUGGCAGGCCUGGGCGACCUGCAGGUGCCCUCCUCAGUCGGGAAGCGCGCAGAAUCAGAUCACUGCUCUAGGACGCCGCCUGGGGCGGGCCACACGGUCCCCUUUGCCUUUAGGGACACAGGAUUUGUCAGGGCAGGAGGGAAGCUCUUGAGGUCUGUCCCCGUGACACAGCCUUCCUACCUGGUUAUGCCGGUGCUGGCCACGAUAUUUGCAGGACACCCGAGACACCCCAGAGGAUUACGCGGCCCCCAGACAGAGUGUGAUGGCAAGAGCAGGUUAGCGUCUUGGGCAGAAAUGCCCACUAGGUGUCUUCGGCAGCGUGGGAGCAGAGGGUCGGUCCCUUGUGCCUACUCUAGGAAAGUGUUCCCCAGAAUGAAUCCUCCGGUGGAGUCCUGGGUAGUCUUUGUACCACUCCCUUAUCAGGCUGAAUGAUCGUGCUCCGUUCAAACGGGUGUUGGCUGUCGAGUUGUUUCAGGGUGUCUCCGGUCUUCCUACGACAGGGGACUUCGGUCGCUUCCAGUUAGUAUUACGGUCCUGACGAGUCGUAACCCCGUGCUGUCGUCACCGCCUAGAGAACCCAGCCACGUCUGCGCUUCAUGAAUGUGCUCAGAGAAAAAUGUUUUUGCAUAUUUCAACCUGGAAAACUAUUAACGCAGAUGACAAAAGCUCACAAUUACCCUGUGUCCCUCUACUCACAUUGUGAACAGACGCAUUUCGACUAAUUUAGACUUCGUACUCUCGACGAGAGCGCUCAGGUUGAAAAAGGCUGGUCUCACCAAUCCGACGUCUGUAGCAACGUGGUCAAAAUGUAUCUUCUCAUGUUUCACUAAUUUGAUGUCUAUUGUGAUCUAGGGGGAAGGAGGUGAAGUUUGUAUCUGAAGUGUCUGUGGGGUGGGAGGAGAAAGGGACUGCGUGAGCAGAUAGUGGAGAGAAUGUGGGACAAGAUGUCUUUAGAAGAUGAGAAGUUACUUUCACGCAUCGUAUGGAAGCAUUCUACUGUGAGUGAUUGUGCUAACUAUAAAUCAUUGAUGUCUAUACAUUAAGGCAGGUUCUCUCAAUUAGGCAACAUUUGGUUAGUCAAGUCCAAGUUAUUGUUUGUACUUGAAAGUAAUAAAGCUGCGUUUCCUUAAAAAUACA